AUAUAUUUAAUUUUUUUUCCUGUCAAACUCCAGAGACCCUCAAAGGAGAAAAAAUACAAUUAAUUGCAAAUUUCCUUGAAAAUGGCUCGUUCCAGCCAAGUUGUGGCAGGAAUCCUUUUAACACCCUACGUGGCAUGUGGCGUGGCUUUAUGUCUGCUGAUCUUGGAUAGGCCACAUUGUGAUUCCACCUAUUAUUUCUCGGGCAGUGCAGAUCCUGAGGGUGGCGGUGGUGGAGGCGAUGCGGCAGCACCUGCAGAUGAAGCGGGUUUGGUAGCUGACAAUAGCGAUGCUGUUCUCCAACCGCAAAAAUAUCUCGAUCAGCGUUACUGUGCGGGUGGCUAUCAUGGAUUGUUGUGUGUCAUUGGAACCCUUCUGAUGGGAUUUACCAUCAUAAUCUAUCGCCUGCUGAUUGGGACACGCACCCGAACCGUGAAAUACAUACAUUUGCUGCUGCACUUGAUCACCCUGUCGCUGUUCGUUGCCAGUUUCUGGUGUGUUGAGUAUCACAUGCACAACAUUUUCUAUUACAGGUUUGAAAUUCACACCGUAACCUCGUUGGUGGUAUUUCUCAUAUUUCUCAUUCAGUUCAUUGUUGCUGCCAUGAUCUUCACCUAUUUGUAUCCGAACACCAAAUUGCGUCUAUACUUCGCGCCCUUCCAUGAUAUUCUUGGCAUUUGGCUGUUCAUUUGUUUUGUGUCCUGUCUCAUCUCGGGCAAACGCUAUGCCCAAAUGGAUUAUGUCGCCUCCAAUCAGAUCCUGUUCUAUGGCUUGUCGUAUGCCGCAUUCACUUUCAUUCUCAUUGUCAUUCUGAGUCCAUUCUUUGAAUGGGAUAUGGUGGGCCCUUUGUAAACAUCAUAUUGUAUAGCAAGUAGUUUUUUUUUAAUGAGUUAAUUAUAUUUUUCAAUAAAUGAUAGAUUUUUUA